AUGCUUCUAGUCUUAUUAUACGUUUCAAAAUUCAAACGUCUUCUCUUCACUUUCUCGCACAGCCUAAACUCUCAAAUUUGAAUCAAUGGAGGUUUCGGAGGUGCAAAGGCGAAGGGACGAAGAAAAUCGAUUAACUCUUGGGGAGAAACGAAAGCCGUCGUUUGAUUCUUCAGAUAACCCACAGAGACAACAUGAUUUCAGGUUAGCCAAAUGUCGGAAGCUCGACGGCGGCAACGAUUUCGGUCUCCAAGAAGGGAAUCGGAGGAAAGAAUCCGACACAGGAUCGAGUACUAGCGUAAAUUUCCGCGUCAAGCUCGAGAUCUGCUCUCCUGAUUCGUUUUCGGUGACGCCGGUUCAAGUGCAAGGGUUUCGAUACCCAGAAAAGCAAGACUGCCUUCGCCAAUUGAGCGAGAUUCUAUCUGAGGCGACUCCUUCACACUACACUCAAAAUCACGAUGGAGGCAAAGCCGGCGUUUAUAAGAUCAGAGAUUACAGUAUGGUUUCGGGAUGUCUAAAGAGGUCAAAGAUCGUCGAAGUUGAAGAGAUACCUUGGAUAACGUUUGCUGUUGUUGAGAAGCUUUCCAAGUCAUUCAUUUCUGGGAAAUGGGAGCCUUGCAAACCGGAACAUUUUACGGAGGAGAAGGUUGAAGAACUGAUUGAAAAUCUGCCAAGAAAGUUGGUGAAUUCGCUUUUGCCUUUCCAGCUUGAUGGUCUAAGAUUCGGGCUACGGAGAGGUGGCAGGUGUCUCAUUGCAGAUGAAAUGGGGCUUGGAAAGACACUUCAGGCCAUUGCCAUUGCUGGCUGCUUCAUAAGCGAGGGUUCCAUACUUGUUGUCUGUCCAGCGGUUUUGCGUUUCUCAUGGGCAGAAGAAUUGGAACGUUGGUUGCCAUUUUGUUUGCCUUCUGACAUACAUCUCGUUUUCGGUCAUCAAAACAAUCCUGCCUAUUUACCAAAAUGGCCAAAAGUUGUGGUUAUCUCAUACAAAAUGCUUCAGCAUCUUCGAAAGACCAUGCUUGAGCGAGAAUGGGCCCUCUUGAUACUAGAUGAAUCCCAUCACGUACGCUGCUCAAAGAAGAAGUCCGAACCAUCUGAAAUACAGACAGUCCUUGAUGUUGCUGAAAAGGUUAAACACAUAGUGCUGUUGUCAGGAACUCCUUCUUUAUCGAGGCCUGGUGUGCUGGGAAAAAGCAAGUAUGAGUUUGCGAAAACCUAUUGUGAAGUUGGCCUUGUCAGAGGUAUGCAGGGCAAAAUUUUCCAGGAUUUUUCAAAGGGUACUCGCUUACUGGAGUUAAACAUACUGCUAAGCCAAACAGUGAUGAUAAGAAGACUGAAGCAGCAUGUGUUAACACAGUUACCCCCAAAACGUAGGCAAAUUGUAACCAUACUACUAAGGAAGUCCGAUAUAGCUUUAGCAAUGGCUAUUGUCAGCGAGGCUAAUCAAAAAGCUAAUAAACAAAAUGCUGCUACAACAGAUGUAACAGAGAACACACAUGAACCUGAAGGUGUAGCUCAAAACGCUCAUGGAUUAAAUAAAGACGGACAUAUGAACGUAGAGGACUCGGAAGCACCUGACUCUGAUAAUAAUCAACUAUGUGGAAAACUCUCCCAUCAACAACUUGGUGUUGCAAAGCUUUCUGCCUUUCGUGAAUGGUUAUCCCUACAUCCACUUAUAUCGGGAUUGGAUUAUACCCCAGAAGAAAUUGAUGGAGACACAAGCUCAACUAAGAUGGUAAUUUUUGCACAUCACCAUAAGGUUCUGGAUGGAAUUCAGGAAUUUAUAUGUGAUAAAGGGAUUGGUUUCGUCCGCAUUGAUGGGAUGACUUUGCCAAGAGAUAGACAAUUGGCUGUACAGUCAUUUCAGUUUUCUAGUGAGGUGAAAGUUGCAAUAAUUGGCGUAGAAGCUGGAGGAGUUGGACUUGAUUUUUCAGCAGCGCAAAAUGUUGUGUUCGUCGAAUUGCCUAAAACACCGUCACUGUUGCUUCAGGCUGAGGAUAGAGCACAUAGGCGAGGCCAAACAAGUGCAGUCAAUGUUUAUAUCUUCUGCGCAAAGGAUACAAUGGACGAGUCAAAUUGGCAAAAUUUGAACAGGAAAUUGCACCGUAUUUCAUCUACCACUGAUGGAAAAUAUGAUGCGAAGACUGAAAUCGAAAUUGAAAGAGCACAUCUUUUCAACCCUGCUGAAGAAAGCAGUGAAAGAGAAGUUCUUGAAGUACAACCAUCACAAGCUAAUAGAGUAAUAGCUGAUAAGAUUGUUGAAAGCUGUGAAGAUCUGGGAUCGGAGACAGAUGUAUCAGAUACCAUUGAUCUCAAGGAUGACAUGAUUUCUCAUUUGGAAAUAUCAAAAGUCUGCCCUUUUGUUGAAAGUGAUUCGGAGUCCGAGAAGAGGUCGCCUGGUACCAUUUCUUCUACUAUGUUAGACCAGGAAAACCAAGAAAAUCAUCAGCCUAAAAAUCUUAUUACUGAUGAUGAGCUUGUAAAAGAGAAUGAUUCCAAUUCCUAUUUUCCACUCGUAGAUUCUCUGCGCUUUGAGGUGAGCCAAAACACUGGAAGAAUUCAUUUGUAUUCUUGCAUUCCUGGGAAAGAUCCACGACCACGACCUCAAUUCCAGAACUUCCGACCAGAGGAGAUUGAAGCAAGCAAUUCAAGUCCGGGUAUCAAUAAAGAAAAAACUCCUGAAUCCAUUACGGACGAUCCGGUUCAUGUGCUUGCGAUUUUAGAAUUCAUGAAAGAGUGGAAAGCAUUACGGCCAAUCGAAAAGCGGAAACUACUUGGAAAGCCUUUGCAACUACCUUUAUCACUGGAGUUAAGUUACUUGAGUGAAAGUGCCAGUCAUAGCAGUGAGGGAUUGCUCAGGGGAGGGAGCAAAAGACGAAAUACACCCUUUUCAGAGAUCAGUUUUACUUUACCUCCAGAUGCAGUGUGGAAAAAGGUCAACCUUCGAAGUGGCUACCAAAAAAAGGAAAAGGAAUACACCCAAGGUUGGAGUAUGAGCAACGAACCACUCUGUAAACUCUGUCAAAAGCCCUGCAAGGGAAACAACUCCAAAGAGCCCGAGUAUUUUGAGGAUCUUUUCUGUGAUCUUGCGUGCUAUGAAAGUUAUCGGACAAGAACAAGCGGCAGAUAUAUUCGCCAGGUUCGUCCUGGCAACUCUUUCCUUACGCUCGAAACCCUGGUUAAUGAUCCAACCGAGGGAAAUGCAUGGCAUGCGGAUCAUAUCAUUCCAGUGUACCGAGGUGGAGGCGAGUGCCGGCUAGAGAAUAUGAGGACGCUUUGUGUCGCUUGUCAUGCCGAUGUCACUGCAGGUCAAUGCGCAGAACGUAAACUGAUACGGUCCAAAGCCAGGGAGCAACUCAAAAACACUUUAAAGGAACUCGGAAACAAUACAAACCAAACAAAUCUCUUGGCUGAGGAAAGAAAGGAGACUGAUUGUUCGGUUGCAGUGAUCAACGAAGAGGAAGACGACGAGCUUCUGGUUGAAGUUCCAGGCAGUUCAUACUCUAUAGAUCAGAAAAUCAGUCCUGCCUCAUAAAAAUCAUCUUGAGUUUUCAGUAAAUUGGCCUCUCAAUGACAAAACAUUUUAUAGAGAAGAAACUGUAAUGAUUUUUGAAGAUUUGAUAUUCCGAAGCAAAGGUGUUUGUAUCUGUAUGACUCAGUUCUCAGGUUUGCUUGAAAUGGAAGCUUCCUUCUUUUCUCGGCA